UGCUGGCGCAAGGAGGAGUGCCACCACAGGCAGCCAUACAAGCCCCCGGGCAACAAAUGGUGACAAUGACCCGAGAGGAGAUGCAGAGGAUAGCGGCGGCCGCGGUGGCGCAGGCGGUGCAGCAAGUUGCGAGUCAUACAUCUCAUGCCACCACUGCACCGACCACGGUGGCUGGAAGCCAGGAUGAGGAUGUGUCUAGUUAUGGAGAAGGGGGAGCUGGAAGAGAUCGGGCAAUGGAGAGGAUGGCGGAGCAGCUGCGCCAGCUGCAAGACAAGGUAGAGGGGAGGCCAGAGAGGAAAGCUCGAGGACAUCCCUUUUCAAGGGAGAUUCUCACUGCUCCUUUGCCAAACAAUUUCAAGGAGACCAACUUGGUGUAUGACGGGUCAUCUGACCCAUCGAGGCAUGUGAGGACCUUUGAAAAUAUGGUUGUGUUGCAUGGGUACUCUGAUUCUGUUUGUUGCAGGGCAUUUUUAUCGACCUUGCGUGGGGGAGCACUCGAUUGGUUUCAUCAACUUCCACCUGGGUCGAUCGCGAGCUUUGAGGACUUUACUGGCAAGCUUAUCAAUCAAUAUUCGAGCGCAGUGGUGCAAGAGAAAACGUAUUUGACUUUGAUGGCGAUGAGGCAGGGGGAGAAGGAAUCAUUAAGGAAGUACGUUGCUCGAUAUAACCAAACAUGUUUAGAGGUGCACUCGGCUUCGGACGAGGUGAAGGUGGGUGGAUUGAUAAGGAGUCUUCGAGCAGGGCCUUGUCGAACUUCCCUAGCAAAAACCCCUGCUCGAUCAUAUGAGGAUGUGCUGAAGCGGUGCAUGAAGUAUAUUAACUUGGAGGAGAUGGAGAUGGAGUUUGCAAAGUUGGAGGAAGUGGCUCGACCAGAGCCAAAAAAGGAAAAAAGUCCGCAGAGGGGGAGAUCGUCGAGGAGGAAUUCGCCCAAACGGAGUGGGCAGAAGAGGGCAUCACCCCGAAGAGAGAAUCGAGAUUCGAAAAGGGAGAAGAGAGAUGAGUGGCAGAGGAGGCCGAUGUUGUUCGAGAGACAGAGAUACCACACUUUCACGCCCUUGAGGAAAGACAUGACGGAGGUCCUCGAGGCCAUGGAGCAGAAGAUGUCGA